CUCUUUCCAUACAUCUAUUAACCUUUUUUUUACUGUAACGCCCAACGAUAUAAAAUACCCUAGAUCAGGGGUGCUCAAACGGUCGGUCGCGAGUCCUUUUUAAGUAGAUCUCGAGAAGGUUUUUUAUUAAUAAGUAGAUUCUUAACUAAACUACAAAAAAAUAUUACGUGAUAAAAUAACACUCUGCUAGCGGCAAAAGGCGGCUUUAUCAAAGAAACGCGCGGUACUUGUCAAAGAACAGCCGCGUUUUUUAUUCUUACCGCUUUUCUAGAAAUUCCGGACUGCGCGUUUGACGGGAACAUUCAAGACUUUCGUUCACGCCGAUAUAAAUGUUGCACCUGCAGGAUUUGGAGUCAUUCUGAAUUGUAACUAGAAGGCAAUACUACGUCGAUACAAAGUUUAUUAUUAAAUAGUACAAAGUUUCAUUUUAAUAACGAUUAGGAGGAAGAAUUUUUCUUUUGUAUGGUGAAGGAUAAGUGCAUUUGUCUUAUUUGUCGUGCGUCAGUUGCAAUACCUAAGCGUGGUAACUUAGAGAGGCAUCAUAAAACGGUUCAUAAAAACUAUGAAAAGGAUUUUCCGCCACAGAGCAAAUUAAGAAAACGAAAAGUACGUGAUUUGAUAUCUUGUUUGAAAAAAGAACAAACCAUGUUCACAAGACCAGCCAAACAAUCAAAAGCUACUACGAUCGCAUCAUUUAAAAUAUCUCAUAUAUUGGCAAAACACAAGAAACCAUUCGAAGAUGAAUCGGUUGCGAAGGAAGCAUUUAUUGAAGCGGGUGAGACUUUAUUGGGAGAUUUUAAAAAUAGAAUAGAUAUCAUGUCUGCUAUUAGAGAACUUCAGUUAUCUCGUCCGACUGUCACAAGGCGUAUUGAAGUCAUGAGUCAGGCAUGAUGAGCACAUGGCAGAUAAACUAAAACAAGAUAUCAUGGGUACAUACUUUUCUUUACAGUUCGACGAAUCCAUCGAUAUGACAGACACUGCCCAGCUGUGUAUUUUUAUUCGGAUGGUAUUCAACGACAUGUUGGCUAAGGAAGAAUUUUUGACAAUCAUUCCUCUGAAGGGGAAGAGCCGUGUCGAAGACAUAUAUGACGCGUUCUUACAA